GGACUGCAAAUGCUUCCAGUCAACCUGAUUUACAUUGCACUUAUUCUCCUUGGUUUAUUACUCCAGGCUACGACAGGUCAGCGUCCAUGCCCUAACGACCUGUACGAUACUAGACUUUGUCCUUCCAAAGCAAAUUGUUACAAAGAUCCAAAAGCGAUCAUAUAUACCCCUCCACAGAACCCUACCAUACAGUGCCCUGGUGACUACUACAUGAGGUUUAUAUUCACCGAUAGUAGGACAAUGGAUAAUUUGAUAGUAAAACGUGAUUGGAAAUUUAUAAAAUGCGAAAAUGGUGAAUGGAGAAUGGCAUGGACUAGAACGAAAAAGCUCCCAAUCCGUCACAUGGGACUGCAAAUGCUUCCAUUCAACCUGGCUUACACUGCACUUCUUACUCUUAGUCUAUCAUUCCAAGGUACGACAGGUCAGCGUCCAUGUCCUAACGACCUGUACGAUACCAAUCUUUGUCCUUCUAAAGAGAAUUGUUACAAAGAUCCAAAAGCGAUCAAAUAUACUCCUCCGCAGAACCCUACCAUACAGUGCCCUGGUAAUUACUUCAUGAGGUUUACAUUCACUGAUAAUAAGGCCAUGGAUAAUCUGAUAGUAAAACGUGAUUGGAAAUUUCUCAAAUGCCAAAAUGGUGAAUGGAAAAUGGAUUAUUGGCCCAACUGGCUCCCUAUCCGUCACUUGGCCUGCUACCCAAAGCGCAUAUAAAGUCUCAACUUCUCCAAAUUACACUAUUACAUCCUAAGAACAGUAAAGAGUUUUGAAAACCUAAUGACUUGUACCCAAGCUAAAUGCAUGUUUUGUCUGUUGGUUUCGCAGUUGGAGGUACAGAAGGAAUAUGCUGCUAUCGCGCUUGUCAUCACACUUAUUAAAAAUAUUCUUGAGUUAAGAAUUCAAUACCAUUUUCAUACCUACUCUGUACAUUGCGUAAAGGAAAAGUAAUUUUUUGUAGGCAUUGCUUACGUCAAGUAAUCUUCUUUCUGUUUUCUCUUGGUUCUUAGAGCUCCGUGUAUUUGCUAUCACCUAUUUACCUUGUGAGGAC